GGGCUAUCAAAGAUGUAGGAAGUAGAUUGAGAAAACCCAAGGAAGCCACAGAUAGGCAGCACAUCCCGUCACUCUGGCCUUCCCAAGCUGCUGGAGAGAGCAGGGGCAUCCCCGCAGCUGGGCACAGGCAUCAUCUCCUUUGUGGCUCCUAGACUUCUCCCAAAGGAGUUCACCAAUUUCUAUUCACGCACUGACACCUGUCCUGGAGCUUGACUUCUGAUGCCCUGUGGCUGGGGUUGAGGGAGGGAGGAACAGGGCAUUGCCACAGACUCCCUCAUAUAUAGAUACACACACAAACACACUCUUGAUCUCUGACCCAUCCCGAGCAGGAAAGUUGCAGAGCUUCCCAAUUCUGCUUCAUCCGCCACCCUCGCUGGCGGUUCCAGACUUCAGAAAGUUCUUAAUGAUGAAUCUUUGGCUUCUAGCCUCCUUCUUUCCCCACCACGCCCCAGGCUGAGAUCAUCCAGCCCUGAGCUCUGCACCUGCCAUGUGCCUUCUGGGAUACCCACUUGGAACCAUAUAUUCCAUGAGUUAAUGGUGUCACUAUCACCUCCUCUUCUAUAUCAAUAAUUUUACCUUAAUCUUCUCAUUUACUACUUCACUAAAAAGGGACCUAAAAAACAACUAGUCUUGUCUGCCUUCCCCUACUUUUUUAUUGGUGUUGUCGAAGUUGCAGAAACUGAGAUCACAGAGGAAACGGGAUGUAGCUAGGAUCACACAGUCAGUCAGAGUCAGGACUAAAUCCAAGCCUCUGAGUCUGAGGCAGUAGAGAUAGUGAUUCUGAGCAGAGAGGGGCCGGGGCAGAUUACCCCAGCUCUGCCACUUAGCUGCUUGACCUUGAACAAGCCAUUUAACCUCUCCAUGCCUCACCCCUCCCCUGAAAAUGGGGAUGAUAUGGGUAUCUCUUUCAUAGAGCUGCUGUGAGGGUUAAAUAACCCAAUAUUCGUGAAGCACUUUGCACAGAGGCUGGCACAUUCUGUAAUAAGUCUGCUGUGAUUAUUUCUACUUUGCCGUGGUCUGCACAUCUUGCUUUUAAAAACAUCUUUCUUCUGCUUUCUUAAUUCCCAUUCUCCUUAGCAUUCCUCUCAUUUGUCCAUCUUUAAUCCCUGUCUCUGCUUCUCAGGAGGGGAGGGUUGGGUUUGGGGAGAAAGAGAGAGUGACUAUAGAGACUAGAACUUCCUGGACAGCCAGGGAGUGCCUGCCAUGGUAACACAGGAACAUGUAGCCUGCGCAUGUUAGUGUAACAAUCACACGGCAUCCAUGCUAGUCAGUUACACACAGUCACUCGACAGUCUCUGUGUAUCUCAUGCCCACACUCAAUCAGCCCAGGCCCCUGUGGCUUCAGAAAUAUCUUGGCCCCUUGUCAGGUGGAGCUCAUACCCAAACCCAUCCCAGGCAAGUCUCCCUCUCUCUGUUUGGCCAGCUUUUGUCUCCAACUCCCUCAGAGCCUGGCUUGGCUUGGAAGUUUUCAGCCUAGGAAGCCUGAGCGAAGUGGGCACCUUCGAGGGAUUUUGAUCCAGAACCAUUCAGGAGAGACUGUGUUGGUAGACCCCCUACACACACGCACUGACACUUGUGUGCACAUGAGCAGAUAGGCUUGAGUCUUCAGUUCACAAACUUCUUCCACGUUCCCGAUUACCCACCUCAUCCAAAGUCUCUUGAGGUGCUUAGAGAAGGGAUUGAUACCUAUUUUACCGAGGAAGCUGAGGCCAGCGAAGAAUAGUGCUUUGCUUAAAGGCAAGGAUGUGAUAGAGCCGGGCAAAUGUAGGGCCCUUGCGUCCCAGCCUCGAAUAUUUCUGUUUCACUGCAACUGCGAGCUGCAAGCCCAGAAGGCGGCUCUGAUCAAUGUGGGCUGAAUUCACGCCCCCUACCCACCCUACCCGAUCCCGCCAAAGCCACUGCCUCCCCUGGGGCGGCCGCUGGGGAAAAGGGAGAGAACUGCCAUAGCUUGUCUCUUUAAUGCGCGCCCCCGGUGGCCCGGCGCGCCCCCGCCACUAUAACUAGAGUGCAUGGAGCAGGCUACGCUCAGAGGAGGAAGGGCGGGCGCUGGGCACCCGUUGACCGACUUUUCCAAGUGCGAUCAGUGCCCGUCCGUCCUGCCUCCAUGGACCCGCCCGGGAACGGCCACCGCUGAGGACCCCACGCCCACUAGGAUCCCGGCUGGGUCGCACCCAGCUACCGCACCGUGACCCCCGCGGGCUGUGCCGGCUCCCGGCGCCUCUGCCCGCAGCGCUCGCCGUCGGGCUAGGGUUCCGCCGCCGCCACGCCUCGCGCCCGGCACUCACCGCCCCAUGCUGGUGCACACCUACUCCGCCAUGGAGCGCCCCGACGGGCUGGGAGCAGCUGUCGGCGGGGCCCGCCUGUCGUCUCUGCCCCAGGCGGCCUAUGGGCCGGCGCCCCCGCUCUGCCACACGCCGGCCGCCGCAGCUGCCGCCGAAUUCCAGCCGCCCUACUUCCCGCCGCCCUACCCGCAGCCACCGCUGCCCUACGGUCAGGCGCCCGACGCCGCCGCAGCCUUUCCCCACCUGGCAGGGGACCCGUAUGGCGGCCUGGCGCCCCUGGCGCAGCCGCAGCCUCCUCAGGCCGCCUGGGCCGCGCCCCGCGCAGCCGCCCGCGCCCACGAGGAGCCUCCCGGCCUGCUGGCACCGCCCGCCCGCGCCCUGGGCCUUGACCCGCGCCGUGACUACGCCACCGCCGUGCCCCGGCUCCUGCACGGCCUGGCCGACGGCGCGCACGGCCUGGCAGACGCACCGCUCGGCCUUCCGGGGCUGGCGGUGGCCCCCGGUCUGGAGGACCUGCAGGCAAUGGACGAGCCGGGAAUGAGCCUCCUAGACCAGUCCGUGAUCAAGAAAGUGCCCAUCCCCUCCAAAGCCAGCAGCCUCUCAGCCCUCUCCUUGGCCAAAGACAGCCUGGUGGGCGGCAUCACCAAUCCUGGUGAGGUCUUCUGCUCCGUGCCCGGCCGGCUUUCACUGCUCAGCUCAACAUCCAAGUACAAGGUGACGGUGGGGGAGGUGCAGCGGCGACUCUCGCCUCCGGAGUGCCUCAACGCCUCCCUCCUGGGGGGUGUCCUCCGCAGGGCCAAGUCCAAAAAUGGGGGCCGGUGUUUGCGGGAACGGUUAGAGAAGAUUGGGCUCAACCUGCCAGCUGGCCGUCGCAAGGCCGCCAAUGUGACGCUGCUGACUUCGCUAGUGGAAGGAGAGGCCGUGCACCUAGCCCGAGACUUCGGUUACGUCUGUGAGACGGAGUUCCCAGCCAAGGCAGCCGCUGAGUACCUGUGCCGACAGCACGCUGACCCGGGGGAGCUGCACAGCCGCAAGAGCAUGCUGCUGGCUGCCAAGCAGAUCUGCAAGGAGUUUGCAGACUUGAUGGCUCAGGACCGCUCACCGCUGGGCAACAGCCGCCCAGCACUCAUCCUGGAGCCCGGAGUACAGAGCUGCUUGACACACUUUAGCCUCAUCACCCAUGGCUUCGGUGGGCCUGCCAUCUGUGCUGCCCUCACUGCCUUCCAGAACUACUUGCUGGAGUCACUCAAGGGGCUGGACAAGAUGUUUCUAAGCAGUGUGGGCAGUGGGCAUGGUGAAACCAAGGCUUCGGAGAAGGAUGCCAAGCAUCGGAAAUAACUGCUUCUCCCACCCCAUCCCUAAGGGGCUCCCAGGCCCUGAAAUAGGGACUUAGCUCUUGGCGGUGGGCCGGGAAGGACUGAAAGGUGGGAUUAGAGUCAGGCCAGAAAGAGAACAUUCAUCCAGAGAUCCCACAGUUGGGGAUCUGGCUUGGAGUAAGGGAGGGUGGCCUCUCUGUGGUGGUGUGUUGGUAAGUUAAGGGCCCAGGUAUUUGUCUCAUGUGUGCAAUUUUCUGACCUUUGAUGGUUGAGAAGUGUUUGGACAGAAAAUUGACAUGAAAAGAUCUGGCUCAUGGGGCAGAGCCCUUUCCAUUAGCAUGCCUGGGUGGCCGUGGGUGCUUCUAGAGGCCAAAGCCAUUGUGUUUGGUGGCAGGAGGAAAAUUGAUAAAUCAGAGGUGCUACUGAGGAGUUGGUGCCCCUCAUUCCAGAAUCUCCUACCCCCAGAAAAGGGGUGCUGGAAGGAGGCCCUAGUGGACUCUUUGUACCCUUCCUACUCUCAGAGAGAAGUGGGCAGGAGGGGUCCUCAAGGAACAAAGAAGAUAAAGCACAAAUUGCAGAACUUGAAUCCAGGCUGCUGCUCAUCACAGUCCUGUUGCUGUCUGUCCUAUUUAUUUAUGUAUGUUGUAAUUAAAUUUGAAAUUUUAAAAUGUCCAGUGCAACUUAUUUAUCCCAAUGAGCUGGGGAUUCAUUUCACUGUUUUCUGGCCGUACACUGAUAUGUCCAGCUGGACCAGCAGGGAGAGGGUGUUUUUGCUCA